UUUGCUUCCUUCACGUUGAGAAACUCUUAAAACGUUCACCUCGCUCACGCUUUUACGGAAGACCUUGGAGUGACGUGACGUCAGGAGAGGGAGAGGUGGGGGCGCGCUGCCUCCAGAGACUAUGCUGUGUCCCCCGGGACGCACCGGUGCCUCCUCCAAUCCCAGCGUGCACCUUGCUUUGGCAGCCUGCCCGGGUCACGGCAGCUGCCGAGUGUCGUGAUGCAUGUGUGUGUGUGUGUGUGUGUGUGUGUGUGCGCGCGCGCGCGCGCGCCCAGCACGCUGCCUGAGGUCCGCACGCGGUAUUCCCCGCAGUUCUGGAAAAACCAGUCCGCAGCCAAUGCCUUCCAGUAGAUACAAAGAGAAAUCCUGACAGAGAAGGGAGAGAAGUCCUGGAGACAGCCGGGGACGGCCACAUCUCAGUGGGGGUGUGUCGGUGCUACCGAGCUGGACGUUUAAGAACGACUAAGCAUCAUCAGUUGGUUUGUCCGGACCUUCAAGUACGUAUUCGGCCUUCGCUUUGACAUAAAGGGCCGCCAGAAGUUGGAGGUGGACCACCCGUGUGUCAUCAUUUCUAACCACCAGAGCAUCCUGGACAUGAUGGGCCUUAUGGAGGCCCUACCCAAGCGCUGCGUGCAGAUUGCCAAGCGGGAGCUGCUCUUCAUGGGGCCUGUGGGCCUGAUCAUGUACCUCGGGGGUGUCUUCUUCAUCAACCGGCAGCGCUCCAGGACCGCCAUGACCGUGAUGGCCGACGUGGGCGAGCGCAUGGUCAGGGAGAAUCUCAAGGUGUGGGUCUACCCUGAGGGCACGAGGAACGACAACGGGGACCUGCUACCUUUCAAGAAGGGUGCCUUCUACCUGGCGAUCCAGGCCCAGGUGCCUAUCAUCCCCGUGGUUUACUCCAGCUUCUCCUCCUUCUACAACUACAAGACGAAGUUCUUCACCUCAGGAACGAUCAGGGUGGAGGUGCUGGAUGCCAUCCCCACCAGUGGCCUCACCGUCGCUGAUGUCCCCAAGCUUAUGGAUAGCUGCCACCAGGCCAUGAGGACCACCUUCCUCCGCAUCUCCAAGACACCCCAGGAGAACGGGGCCACCGCAGGGCCUGGUUCCCAGCCCGCCCAGUAGCCGAAGCGGGGCAGGACCUGGGGGCAGGACGGGGCCGACCGGGGGCAGGGCCUGACUGGAGAAUGGACCGAGGGACCUCCUCCCCUGCCCCAGCUGCUAAACGUCACUGUGUCCUGCUCCUACGUGGUUCUCCCCGCUUUGGUUUCGCCCCGGAUGCAGGCCACUGCUUCCUGUCACGGGCCUCGGAUCCAGGCCUCCGAUGUCCCCCAGGAGAGUCAGCUGGACCCUCCUCACGGAGCCCACCCUUGGGCCUCCCGGAUCUGGGAGCAGGCCUGGGCCCAGACGGGCUGGCGGCCUCGGGGUGGAUGGCCGGCGCUGAGACACUUUACCCUCCUGCCUGGGCCCGCGGGGUGCAGAAGCGGGGUGCAGGGCGGGCCCUCCGGGAGAAACGGGACUCUAGGUGGGGGCCAGACACCGGGUCCUGUGCAACCGGGGCCUCGGAGAGCCAGAAAGCAGAGGUCCUUGCUCCGCUGGCCUCGGGGAGCAGGGCGGCCGCCCGGGCACCGCUUUCCGUUGUUUUUUAUAAAGGAACUCUCUGGAGUG